UUGGCCGUAAGUGCGUGUGUGGUUGUAACGUGUGAAGGUACUAUCAAGAGUGUAAAUAUUUAUGUAUGCUGAUAUGUGUGCGUCGUCGCUGAUUUGACAUCACUGAUUUUGCUGCGUUACAUAAUGGCAGAAGGCCGUAUGGCAAAGAAGGUAGGCUUAGCGAAACAAAAGGAGGAGAUAGAGGAUUUGAUGAAGACUUUACUACAUAAAGGAGAAAUAUGGUAUUUAGUUGACAACAAUUGGUUUAAGAAGUGGAAGAAAUAUGUUGGCUAUCACAUUUGGGACAUGGACAGUGUGGGCCAGGAAUCUGCUUUCCCAGGACCAGUGGAUAACUUUCAGCUUUUAAAACCGAAUGAAAGCAAUAAAUUAAAAGAGAACCUUAUCGAUGAUCUGGAUUAUGUCCUGGUGCCAACUACAGCAUGGGAGAAACUGGUGCUUUGGUAUGGUAUUAUGGAAGGCCAAGAACCUAUUGCUCGUAGUGUUGUUGAGCAUGGUACACAUGUGAAGUUUUGUAAGGUGGAGGUGUACCUGAUGGCGUUGUGGCUUUGCAAUAAGGGUAGCCUAAAAGAUUGUGUUAGCAAGCAGUUUAGCAGAGCAGAUACAAUAAAAACUCUUGAAAAUGUUGUGCGAGACACUUUCAAUAUACCAGGCAAGGAUGAUAUUCGAAUAUGGAAUGAACACAUGACCCAAUUUUUACGGCUUACACAUAAAAAUAGCACACUCCAAGCUGCAGGACUGUGUCACGGAAUGGUUUUGAUUGUAGAACAGCAAAAUGCUGAUGGGUCCUGGACACUCGAAGCAACUCCAACAAGCCACUACACAUCAUCUUCUUCAACAAGCAAUAUUUCUAGGAAACGAAAAAAAGAGAUGGAGAAUGAUCCAUUGAAAGUUGGAAUUCCAAAGAUAGAAGAAAUUUGCAAACUGAAUCUUCGGGGAAAGUGCACUAAUGAGAGAUGGUGCCAAAGACAUCACUGUGAUGUUCCUUAUCAGUGGCAAGUUUUGAAUAAUGGAAGAUGGGAAAGUGUGAAUUCUAUUAGAAAUUGUAGUAUGGAAAGUAAAUUCUGUGAUGUGAACAGUGAGGCAACUUUGUAUUUUGAUACCUGGGGAGUUAUGAAACUGUGCUAUGAUGACAUGUCUAUCUGUAACGCUGACUGUUCGUUGGUUAUCAAGAUACGGCGGUUGGAGGUGGGAGGCGAACCAGAUAUUUCCGACCCAUACUUGAUUCCUCAUUGGUCAUGGUAUUGGAAGGAUGAAUGUGGUGCCUGGGUUGAAUAUGCGAAACAGAAUACCAAAGGAAAUGCAAGAUCUGACUUUAAUAGCUCAAAUUUUGAAGCUUUGUUUGAUGCAUACAAAAACCACAAUGGUAGUUCAGAUGUCAAAUUUAGGGCUGGAGAUCAACAGUACAUUUUGAACUUUAAAUCUAUGACCCAAAGCAAUACUACACACCAUACAGUCAAAGGUGUCCGUCGAAGACCAUCCAUGCACCUAACAUCUGUUGAUAUGAAGAGAUGCAGAGAAGAAAAACCUUGGCUAAGUAACAUCAAAUAUCCAAAGACUUGGGAUAUGAGCAUCCGAACAACAUCAUAUCGACUUGUAACUCUAUUUAAGAACGGAGAAGAAUACAAGAAUAUAGAGAGCUUGUUUAAGAAGACCCUUAAAAGAGGAAAUAUCACAAUAAUCGAGCGGGUACAAAAUGAGCUAUGCUGGGAAGCAUUUAAACGGCAACAAGAAGUUAUGAUGAAAAAAAAUUCCUUUCAACCAGUCGAAGAGCGUCAACUCUUCCAUGGGACUACCAAAAUAAAUAUUGAAGAUAUUUGUCGAGAUAAUUUCGAUUUUCGGUUGAGUGGAACGCGAUGUGGUGCUGCUUUUGGUGAUGGUGCUUACUUCUCAAGAUGCGCGAGUUAUUCUGAUUCGUAUGCAAUGGCCGACAGUGACGAAGUGAAGAGGAUGUUUGUAGCACGAGUUCUGGUUGGUAGCUACACCUCAGGUGAAAUAAACAUGCGCAGACCACCAUAUAAAGACCCUUCAAAUAAAUCUUUAGGGAUGUUUGAUUCCUGUGUUGACAAUGUACAAACUCCAAGUAUUUUUGUAGUUUUUGACAAUACCAGAGUGUAUCCAGAAUACUUGAUUACAUAUUCAAUCAUAAGUAUCCCAUCUAGUAUUUAGUAUUUAGUGGUAACAGUGGGUGUGUUUACUUUAUUCUAUUUAGUUUAUUAUAUUCUAUGUAUUAUGUUUAUUCUCCUUGCACAAAAUUUAGUCUCUCAAGGCCAGUCCAGAAGUUUUAAUGCUCUCCUUAAAAAGUGUUAUUCUAUGUGUUUUAAUUAGUAACCGUAUUUUAAGGUUUGGAAAUUUAACUAAACAUAAUCACAGUAAAAUUCUCGAGGAUCUUGAAAUCGGCCUGUCAAGUCAUUGGACCCGAAAUUGACAGCAUUGAUGAUAUCUAUAAUAAAUCAUUAUUAAAUGCCUUGCACACCCUACAAUGUAUCAUGAAUGCACAUUUAACAGGUUUGGUCGCCUACACCCUAAAAUCAGUACUAAUA